AUGGAAUCCAACCCGUGCUUUAUUUCGCUAAUUGAUCACAAUGAUCGACCACUGCUCAUUCACGUAGCCAAGUCUGAAAAUCAAGACAUCGAUAGUGUCUUCAAGUUUAACACUUUUUCUAACAUAUCCUUGGAUUACUUUGGAAGCGAUCUUUAUGAGUGGAUGAACACCAGUCAGAAAGGUCGCGACAUAAAAGACCUAUUUCAGCUUGAAGGCGUAAGUGUCUACGGGAAAUUGAUAAAACAAACCAGUUUGAAAAUCGUGGUUGGGUUCUGGAGUAAAACUGACCAUAGUGAUGAGACGCUCGAAAAUGUGUUUAACGACAUUUCAAGACUGUACAUAAGAUGCAAGUUCAAUCCAUUUUCGAACAGCGACGAAGACCUGAUAGAACAAUUACAAAAAAAAUUCGACGAAAGAUUUUGA